AUGACAGGCUUGACAAUUGACCCGGGGACCAACAGCGUCUGGCGAGUAGAUCAUCGAAAUGUUUCGAAGGACUCAGUUUCCAACGAAACGUCGCCCAUGGCUGAAGUGACCUUGGUUGCCGCCCUCGAAAAAGCUGGAACCCUAAAUGGCAUGUGUCAGUUGGGGCAGAGCGAUCACAUGCUCAUAAUGGCUGACUCCGCUGACGGAACCAUCUGGAAUUUGGACGUGAACACGGGAUUGCAUGAAAUUGUGAUCAACCAGCCAAUUCUGAAACACAUUCCGCAAGGCCUACAAUUCGGGGUAGAUGGAGUUCAUACUCACGAUUCCGACCUGUUCUUCACCAAUUUUAACCAAGGACUAUUUGCCAAAAUCCCCGUGUCCCCGAUCUGGGGCAAUGCUACCGGUCCUGCGGAGCUUAUAGUCAACGGCACAGCGGGCGAUGAUUUUGUGCUUUCACCCGAUGGCACAGUCGAUAUUGCAAUGAAGUCGAGCAGGGUUAUCGCGGAGUCAUCUGCUCUUUCAGAAGCCGCUUCAGUCACCAUUGGCAGGACAAAGUGGGACCGUAACAGUCUUUACGUUGCGUCCGGCGGGGUGGUCAAUCCUAGAGGCAAUGGCACUCGUUCUGAAGGAAUCGUUGCUCGCAUUGAUCUUCCAAAUGCGAUCUAA